AGAGACAAUUUUGCUUUUCUCUGACAUUGUAAAUUAUCGAAAAGGUAAUUUAGAAUUUUAAGGAAUUUGCUUUUGAAAAUGGACCAUGAUAUUGAGAAUUAUUAUAGGACUGCAGAAAAACUUUGCAGACAUGCAGGAGAGGUAAUUAAAGAGGCCUUUUACCAAGACAAGCUUGUUGAACAAAAAUCAAGUAUUGGUGAUUUAGUAACCGAAACCGAUAAGAAAGUAGAGGAUAUGGUCGUCCGUAAGCUCUUGGAAAUUUUUCCUUCUCAUGAAUUCAUUGGCGAAGAGAAUACUGCAGCCGGUAAAGAAAAUAUAUUGUCUGAUAAACCUACUUGGGUUAUUGAUCCAAUUGAUGGAACUAAUAAUUUUGUUCACAGAUUUCCUUUUGUCUGUAUUUCUGUCGGUCUACUCAUAGAAAAAAAACCGGUCGUGGGAAUUAUCUAUAAUCCGAUUACAGAUGAAUAUUAUCAUGCUAUUAAAGGACAAGGAGCCUUUUGCAAUGGAGAGCGAAUACACGUCAAAAAGACUGAGGAAUUGAAGGAUGCUCUCCUCUGUACUGAAUUUGGAUCUAGCAGAGAUAAGGACAUACUGGAUGUUAAAUUGGGUAAUAUGAGAAAGAUAAUAGAUUAUGUUCAUGGGUAAUUAUUCGUAUAAACUGCUUUAUUAUAACUCUAUCUCAACAACGCAUCGAUUGAAUAAUUAUAGGAUACGAACCUUAGGGUCAGCUGCUUUACAUAUGUGCUUAGUGGCCAAAGCAGCUUCCGACGUUUAUUUUAGUUUCGGAAUACAUAUUUGGGACUUUACUGCAGGUUAUCUGAUUGUUCAAGAAGCUGGUGGUUGCGUUAUUGACACAGCAGGUUUUCAUAUUUUACUUGCGAAAAAACUUGAAUCUCCUAACAAACUAUCAACAUUAAUAGUUAUUUUUCGAAUAUUUAAUCUUAUAAAAAAUCAUACAACUGAUAGUUGUGUAGAACUAAAUUUUUAAUUUAGGUGAAUCCACACUAAAAACAAACGCUAUGAAUGACUAGGUAAUUAACUUAAUAUAAACUUAAUAUAUAUCGUUAUUCGAAAAGUGACAACGUUUGUCUGUCAAUUUUUUUUUUGGGUAUUCUAUGAUUUGCACUCUUUAUAUAUAUAUAUAUAUAUAUAUAUAUAUAUAUGU